AUGAGUCAGGUCCACAAGGAACAGCUCACCGAGAUUGAAAAUGCGCUGCCUAACCGAGCAGGUCUCGACGUGGAAAUCUUUGGUAUGGAGGGUGUCCCUCAGGAUGUGCUGCAGAGUCACCAGCAACGUGUCGCAGCCCAGUUCCAGCAGGCGGAGACUGAGCGACAAGCGGCGACUGCACAUCGCGCUAAGCGCGCCGAAGCAGCGACUGGAGAAAGCAGUGGAGAAGGAACGCCUGUCGGCGCCGGACAGUCUGUGUCGACACCGACUUCAUAUGUACAACCUUCAGUCGCAGCUCCGGUUGCUGUUGCGGCUGCACCCGCGCCCGCACCGCAGUAUUCAUAUCCUCCGCCAUACGCAGGUGCUCCUGUCGCGGCCCCUUAUCAACAGACCGCCAGUCCAGGCUUCCAACCAUUUUCUCCCAUCGGUGGACAGCCGGCUCCUGGUGCUGCGCCUUAUCCCCCCACCGGAUACUCACCCCAGCCAUUCCCAGGCCAACCUUCCACUCCCGGAUACGGGGCUACUCCUCCUCCUUUCCCCCAGCAACAGUCUACAUCUACCGAUUCAAACACACCUCCGCGAGCUGGGAGCUUACCUAUACCGACCGGUCUUCCCCAACGACCCGCGUUCGGCGCGCCGUCUGUUAAUGCUCAACAAAUGCAGCAGAUGCACAUGGGUCAUCCGCUGCCAGCCGCCGCGCCUGGGUACUCUAAUGGCGAUGUGCCCGCCCAACAUGGACAGCACAACCAAUCUGUUGAUGAACUGAUAUCUGGCGCGGCAAAGGAAGCGGCGGCGACUCCUACCGAGAAAUCCGCCAAGAAAGACAAGUCAAAGAAUGUGAGGAUGAUUUACUCAGACGAGACGACCAGCCCCGAAGAAAAGAUGGCCCGGCUACCCCGAUACGUAUUCGCGCGCAACGAGUUCGCCCAAGAGACCGCGCUGGGCGAACUUCCCGGCUCCGUGGUAGUGGGAACGAUUCGGGACCAAGAUACGGUGGUCGACCCAGCGCACUAA